UAUUACCGUUCUAUGUUCCGUCUAGUGGUGGAGCGCCUGUUGAUUGGAGUGGAUCUGUAAAGAACGAAAGAACGAUCCUCAAGCAGAUAUGACUGCUUUACUUGGCGUGUGGCACGUGACGUUUGUCUUAGUGAUAAUACUCAUAAUAAUCAAGGAGUUAUUCUGGACUGGGCGGCUGAAAAGCGUCAAGAACAAGCACAUUGUGGUGACUGGCGGUUCCAGCGGUAUCGGGAAACAGAUUGCGAUCGUUGCUGCCAAACACGGAGCGAACGUGACCAUAAUUGCGAGGAAUGUACAUAAGUUGGAGCUCGCCCGUAAAGAGAUACAGAAUGCCCGUGCGAACAAAGAGGAACAAACGGUAGAGUGCUUGUCGUUGGACAUCAGCACCAAUUAUGAGAAUGUCGAUAAGACAUUGGCCGAUCUCGAGAAGACUAUGGGACCAAUCUAUAUGCUCAUCAAUUGCGCCGGUUUCGCGGCUCCUGGUAAAGUCGAGGACAUGGCGGUGAACAGUCUGCACGAGAUGAUCAAUGUGAAUUUCGUCGGCACGUAUUACUGCAUCAAGGCUGUGGUGCAGCGAAUGAAGGCCGUCGGGGAAGGAGCGAUCAUGAUCACGGGGUCCCAAGGAGCUCUUCUGGGUAUCUAUGGCUUGUCGGCUUACGCCGGUACGAAGUUCGCACUUCGAGGCUUAGCGGAAAGCUUGGCCAUGGAAUUGCGACCGUACAACAUCUCCGUGACUCUGAGCUUGCCGCCGGACACAGAUACGCCGGGUUUCGCGACAGAGCAGCUGACGAAGCCGCUGGAAACGCAUCUUAUCUCAAAAACGGCGGGAUUGGCCGACCCCGCAGUGGUCGCGGAGAAGAUGUUCAAGGAUGUGCGGGCAGGUAAAUUCUUCUCUACUGUUGGUCAAGAAGGUUUCAUCUUGACUACGUUGUGCGCCGGAAUGUCGCCGUUCACGUCGAUCAGCGAGUUGGUACUGCAGGUGUCGCUGAUGGGCCUGAUGCGACUUGUCGGCGCGUUUUACCUCAUCUACUUCCAAAGGAUCAUCCUCAACUGCAUGAAAACGCGCGACAAAAACAAAAAACUCGAGUGAACGCGCUCGCGUCACUGAGAAGGAAACACUUGAAAAUUCAUUCGCGGGAUAUAAAGUUGAUUUCUGCAAAAUAAAGUUUAUUUCUCUAGGAUGAACUUUGUAUCCCACACAAAUAAAUUUUCAGGCAUUCUUCCUCAACUUUCUUACUCAUGUGAUACGUAAUCGCGGAGAUAUCGAUUAGAUGCCGCACUCCCAGUCAGAGCAUCUAAUAUGAUUCCAGUUACGUUUUUCUUUUUUUUUCGAACACGAUUCUUUGUAAUAACGCUAUUUGUAAUAACGAUUGUUUAAUUGUAAUAAUGCUAUUUCGCACUUAUUUUCUUUUACAUUCCCGUGUUCAGUUCGCAACGAUUAAAAUCCUCCAUCUAUGGUUAACAUGUAACGCAAAACAUGUCGAAGAGAGUCUCCCGCGGGGAGAGAAUAAAACUCGCAGUGCUCUUAA